GCCACCCCUGUGUUAGCAGAGCUAGAAGAGGAAUGUAAGGAUGAAUUAGCCAUGUUGGACACUGCCAUGCGUCAGUUGAAGGCAAAUAAGGCAAACAAAAUGGAAGCUAAUAAAGCUAAAGAAAAUGAGUUUUUUGAUCAGAUCGAGGUGACGGAGAUUGGGAAGAGCUACAAGGUGCAGACAGAUAAACCACACUUGGUCAGUCUUGGAAGUGGAAGACUUAGUACUGCUGUCACCCUACUGCCCUUACCUGAAGGUGUGACCAGUAUUGGUACAGCAGAAAACAAUGAUAUUGUGAUCCAAGGCACAGGCUGUGAGGCAGACCACUGUACUGUAGAGAACUGUAACGGCCUGGUGACGCUGUACCCUGGCGCAGACCUGUGCUCAGUGGACGGACUCAAGGUGAACAGACCCACCAUUUUAUCACAGGGGUGUAUGCUGUGUCUGGGGCGUUCAAAUUACUUUCGUUUCAAUCAUCCUCAAGAGGCAAUACGCAUGAAAAAUGCUCUUCCCAAUCCAAGGAUAUCUAUGGCUCCUAUAGGAUUCCUGCCAGGACUAGAAUCCAAUCCAGACUAUUACAAGAAUUUGGCAGAGAACAACCGCAUGCCUACAUUGGAUCAAAUACAACACAGUGUACAGAGCCAGAGCAGAACUGAGCAAUCUUAUGGACAAGGUUUACAUCAUAUUCAGAAAUCAUCAGGAAACUCUUAUAGUCAAGGAGGUCAGAAUAAUCUCAAUUACUCUUCAUCACCUGGAGGUAGGAAUAAUUUGAGUUACAGUCCUGGGCAUAAUAGUGGGACGUAUACUACGUUUCAUGAGGGUUAUUCUUCUUCACCUGGAGGUUGGAAAGAUUCAUCUUUGUCAGAAGGAAGAAAUGAUCUAAAUCAAACACCGCAAGCUGCCGAAGGAAAUGCCGAUGAAACUAUUUUUAACCAUCGAGAUAAUCUAGAAAAGGAAAAUUUUGUGUCGAAAAUUAGUCGUUUUGAAGCACUAACACACAGUAUGGCAAACAAAGCACCACCGCAUGUAAAAGGUAUUCAGAAAUAUACCUAUCUGAACACUUCUGGUUCACCACCAAAUAUCUAUCAACAACACAUGGGGGAGAAAGUGUUCACGAAACAGACGUCCACCACAAGAGUGUCUUUAGAUAACAAUACAGCAGACAGAAUUGGAAGCAUGGCCAGUACUGCAAGCUCCAGUUCUUUCACUAGUGUCAGCAGUGCCAGCUCUAGUCAAAGUAACGAUACUGUGAAGUCCGAGGAACACGUCAUGCGCAGUCGAGGUACAGUCGGCGCCAAGCAGAAUUCUGUGGCCAGUAUUGUGAGUACAGACACUUCAAUAUGGGGCAGCACCAGUACGAUGCCUGAUAACUACCUCCAGGAUAUGGCACGGCUCUCAGAGAACCGGGACAGUGUGUUCAGUGAUAUCAGUGACAUCAGUGAGCUGACAGAGAGUCAGUUGGAGCUGUCGCUGAAACACAAACAGAUGAAGGAGGAGAGGGUGAAAGAGCAAGCCCAGGAGAAGUUUGAGCGGCAAAGACUUGAGGAUAUUCUCAGUAUGUGUGCAGAGUAUGAGAGGCAGCUGGAGAAGGAAAAAGGUGGUAGCAAAGAUGGCCCUCCUUACUCCACUCCUACUCCGCCUAGUUCUCUGUACUUUGAACAAUUAAGUGAUGGUUCUGCUAACUCGUUGGAGAGAAAACGUAUCAAGACCAACGGAUCCUUACUGUCAUCCCCCACCUCAUCAGUGCAAAAACUCUCAUCACCCACCACAGGUCAAGGUCAGUUCUCAUCAAGUCCAGGUCAAGGUCAGGCCUUUGACUUCAAGGUCAUGUCAAGGUCAACUUCAUCCACUUCAGAGGACGAUGUCGACUCGGGCACCAUCAAACGUAAGCCUAAGGUGCCCACAAGUCUGACCAAUCAGGAGAAAUAUGACAAUGUGGAUUACGAUUACGUGGCCGAGAGAGACCCUGAGGAGGAUCCUAGGACUCCGACGGCAGCCUCCCCAGAGGUGGGUCAGGUCAAGGACAGCGCUGUUGAGGAGGAGGAGGAGGUGGAUAUAUUUGAAUGUGUUAAGCAGAAUAUUACACAGAGAUUAAUAACAGAGGCGGAGACGUCGCGGGAGGAGGAGGAAGAUGGUGAUGAAGUAGAACAUGCUCAUGUGGAGUCUUUAAGUGUGCAGCUUAAAGAUGUGGAAAGUGCCAAAGAAUCUGUGACAGAGCAGGCUUCUCCAGCCAGUGAUCAGAGCAUAGGAGUGAAGUCCUCCAGUGGAGUGGAGACCUCUAGUGACCACAGUUUAGCUACAUCAGAGGAAAAUGACAGAAGAAUCCAGCUGGAGAAGUUGAAGAAGAUGCGUGUGGACGCUGUGAAUACCAUCACAGAUCUCAAGCAGAAGAUAGUGGACAUUGAGGGGCAACAGAAUGAAGCCAUAAGAGAGCUUGAGAUGGAGCGGGCACUGCUGGAAGGAGAACAUCAGACGGAGAUGGUGCAACUUCAGCGAGAGCAGGAUCGCAUUAACAGUCUCAAGCAGAAACAAUUGGAGCUCAUAGAGCGCGCCACUGCUGAGAAAGAGCGGAAAAGAAAAGUGCGGUUCACAACACAGCUGGAACAAGAAAAGAUGGACGCCGAGCGUCACAAGCUGCGCGAGCUAGAACAUAAGCACUAUGAGGUAGAGCAACAACUUGAAUGCUGUUCGCGGGAGGAAGAACCUCUGCUACUGGAUGAGCUUCAAAAGUAUCAGGAUGCAAUAGAAAACCAGCGUAAAAUCUUCGAUGAUUUAGAAUUUCAGCAACUGGAGGUAGAGACGAGGUACGAGGAAGAGAGAGAGGUGGUCCAGCAGCAGCUACUGCAGGAACAGAACCAACUGCUGGGGAAAUACAAGGCAAGAGAGGAGAGGCUCCACCAGAUUGACAAGCAGCAGAGGGAUAUGCUGAAACAAGUCAAAGUGGACAUAGAAGGUUUGGAGACAGAACGACAGAAACUGGUGGAAGAGUUUAGAAAGGAGAAGGCCACACUCUCGACCAUUGACAGAAAGAUCCGAGAGCUGUCCCGUAACAACUCCACGUCUCCGCCUGGAGAUACCAGCUCAGCAAGUGCCAAAUCUUCAGACACAGAAUAUGAGAUGAAAGUGAAUGAGGAGUUCUUCAGACGACUUCAAGAGGAGGAACUAAAGACGCCCACCAACGAGAUGACCAUGGAGCUAAGUGACAAGUUGGCAAAGACAUAUCUCAGUGACGACAAAGGGGCCAAAUUCAUAGAAGAUCAGAAAAAAUACCUGGAGGAUUUGAAACGGAGAGCGACCCAGGAGGGUCAUGUACAGUGGGCAGAGAUGCACCAGAGAGAGGCCAAGGCACGGAGUUAUGGGUCAGUGGAGUCCGAGGAAGGCAGCGUGGACAGUGGAAGCACACCCUCAGACAAGGCCACCAGCCUGAGCAGUGGCGAGGACCACCUGGAGAAGUUGACAGAGAUGGAGAGGACACUGUCCCAGGCACAGACGGAGAAGAUAAAACAGCUGGAAAACCAGGUCCAGUUCAGAGAGGCUGAGAUGCGCCAGUUGCUGGCAGAGAGGCAGCGUCGAGAGGACCUUGAGCGUCGUCUGCAGGAUGAGAUAGCAAAGCGUGAAGAGCUGGUGGAGCAACAAGUGAAAAUGAGGGAGAAGCAAAGGCAGCAGUCCCGUCCAUUGACAAGGUACCUUCCUGUGAAAAGCAAGGACUUCAACCUCCGUCUCCACAUAGAGAGUGCCGGUCACAACCUGGAGCUGUGUCCUCACGUCGUAUUGGACGCGGUCAGCUGUAAGGGCUACCUUCACAAGAUGGGCAAUAGAUUCAAAACGUGGCAUAAACGUUGGUUUGUGUUUGACCGCGUGAGGCGGUCGUUUUUAUACUACACGGACAAGUCCGAAGCCAAACCCAGAGGAGGGAUGUACUUUCAGGCCAUCGAGGAGGUGUACGUGGACCAUUUAAGAACUGUGAAGAGUCCCAAUACUAAAUUGACAUUCUGUGUGAAGACUUACGAUCGCACGUAUUAUCUAGUCUCGCCGUCUCCCGAAGCUAUGCGAAUAUGGGUAGAUGUGAUAUUCACAGGUGCUGAAGGGUAUACAGAAUUCCAGUCUUAACCCAUCACCCCUUACACAACAAAAAUGAACUCAUCCAGCUUGUUCUGUAAUACAGACAGGCAGAAUAGUAAGCUCUCCCAGUAGGGGUGUUGAGAUCUUAAACAGGGUAAAUAGUGGCGUCUAAUAGUGAAAGGGGGUUUGUAACACCACAUCAGUAUAUGGCGAUGUGGAUUUUAUUACCUUGACCUUAAAGGUCAAUAUACUGACCUUGACCCAAGAGCUUUCAACAUCCAUAUGAAGAGCAAAUUUAACUGAUGCUUUGAACUGCAUGCCACAGUUCAUAUCGGUCUGAAGUUUGUAAAGAAAAAAGGUGAAGAGGUUGCAGACAUCAGAGAGUGAAGAAGACUUACAUUGAUUUAAAAGACAUAGAAAGAAGUGGAGAAU